GUCCGCACUAACGCAUUCAAACACUUCACCACUGAACGCAACUCUACCUUUGAUAAAGUUGCCACCGCUCUUAACGGGCUUGUCGCCAUCAUGUCGCGCCUCAGCAGCGCGACCAACAUCCUGAUGGAGAUGAGGAAGCUGUUCCAGCACCCUUACCUUGUCGCCCCAGAGAUGGACAACCCCGAACUCUCUCAAGAGGAGCAGCACAAGCAGCUCAUAGACGCGAGCGGCAAACUAUUGUUCCUCAAGCAGCUCCUUCCUCGGCUCAAGGAACGAGGUCACCGUGUGCUGCUGUUCUCACAGUUUAAAAUUGCCCUCAACCUCAUCGAGGACUUUCUUUGCGGCGAGGGCUACAAGUACCUCCGUCUCGAUGGUGACGUCAACCAGCUGCAUCGUCAGAAGGAUAUGGACAAGUUCAAUGCGCCCAACUCUGAUUAUUUCAUCUUCCUCCUGACCACGCGUGCUGGCGGCGUUGGAAUCAACCUGGCUUCGGCCGACACGGUCAUUGUCCACGACCCAGAUUUCAAUCCUCAUCAAGAUCUGCAGGCCAUCUCGCGCGCCCAUCGCUUUGGGCAAACCAAGCGGGUCUUGGUGUUCAAGCUAAUGAUGGAGAACUCGGCUGAGGUGCGUAUCAUCAAUAGCGGCAAGAAGAAGCUCGUUCUGGAUCAUCUUGUUGUGCAACAGCUGGGCAAGGACCGUGAGGAGGGCGAGUAUGAGAACCUCAUCCUCUAUGGUGCCGAGGAUAUCACCAAGAUUGACGAGGACGCCUCGGACAUGCGUGUCUGGACGUCGAAGAUGAUUGACGAUCUGAUCGACGACGCCGAGAAGGAAGCUGAGGAAGCUGCAAAGGCGCAGGAAGAAGCCGACGCUGCCAAAGCCGUUCCCGUGGCAGCUGACGAGGCCUCAAAAGCUCGCGGCUUCUCGUUCGCCAAGAUCUGGGAAACCAAGGCUAAGGAGGUUGCGGCGCCUGUCUUGGACGAGCCGGAAGAGGAACCUGACUUUGAUGAGCAUGGCUGGCUGCAGUUUCUUCAGCAAGUGGAGGCUACCGAGGCAGCCCAGCGAGAGCAGGCUCGUGCCGUUGCAGGUCGCCUGCGCGCAUUGAAGAAAAUCAAGUACAACUUGGAGCGGACCGACUUUGGCGACACCAGUCCGGAGAAGCAGAAAAAGAAGGGGAAGGGCAAGGAGAAGAUGCAAACCGCGGUUGACGACACGGACGGAGAUGACGACUUCGUGCCCCUUCCCGAACUCAGCGACGAGGACGACAUGGACACACCCGGUGGCCCGACAGACCUGGAAGAUCUUAGCAAUGACCAGCGUAGGAUCAUCGGUGGCAUUGCGGCUGGUCAGCGCAAGCUUACCAAGCACGAGCGAGCGCUGCUUAGAAAGUGGCACAGCCUCGACGAAAAAAGGCGCGCCGAAGCUUCAGCCAGCGCGUCCGUACCAGCCGCUGAGUCAAUGCCCGUCAAUAUCCCGUUGACAAAUGUUUCGUCUGCGACCGUUUCUCAGGCAGAGCAUACUUCACAGCAGGUGCUUACUCCUCACCUUUCUGCCUCUUUGCGGCACGGCGCGCCCCCACCUGCAGCCGGUCCUGGCCCGGCAACUGCAGAACAGCGCGCUCUGACUUCCGCUCGCCCGUCACAGUCCCCACUUGUCGCAGCGGCAAUCGCGGGCGAGCUCAUCGGUCGCGUGGCGAAUGGUGAGGUUCUCACCAUGACUGUUCCUCCGUCGCACGGCGAACAAGUGUCCUCAUCGGACCUCGUGAGAUGGCCAAGCAUCCGUAUGAUGGCAGAGCCUAAGCACUCAGAGCUCAUUGCCUCUGGGCGAGCGCUUCUGAUAGCUCUUUAUAGAGCCCUUCAGGCCACCGACAACCCCGUGGGCUAUUCCGCAGACUGGGGCGAACUCGUGAAGGUAAACACACUCACUGCGACUCGCAAAGACCACUACGUGAGGUUGGCCAGGGUUGCAGACCAACAUCGGGCUACAACGCAGAACAACAAAGACCGCAGCUUCUCCGCAAUCGACGCGGUGGGUACGGCCUUCUACUUCAUCGACGCCCUUGCGCCAAUCAACCCACCCCCGCCCCGUCCUCCGCCCGUGGCCCAGACUAUGCACCCUCUCACCAUUCAUCACCGUCCAGGGCCAGCAGGUACACUCGCGUCAUCCUCAGACUCCAUUGCACCCGCUCCGUUCGCGACUCACUUUUCGUCGCAUGGACCGCAUCUCUCCACUUCAGCAUGGGCCCCCGCUGGGUACUACAGCUCAGCAAUUCCGCGACCUCCACCCAGUAUGCCACCUUACCACUCGCUGCCGCAGCAGCACAUGUCCCUGCACGUGCAGCAUCCGGGGACGGGAUCUGUUCCGCACUACAAUGCCCAGCGCGCCCCUGUUGCGCCUAUUCGGCCUGCCCCACCACAAUCUCAAGCCGUCUACUAUCACCAGCCACCAGAGUCCCGGCAAACUCGUGAACAACCUUUAUCGUCGCAGUUACCGCAAUCUUCUUCAGCGCGGUGGGCGGACCAACCGCAUCCGUCGAUCCAGUCCCAUCAGCCUGCACCAGCUAACGCCCACCUGUCGCAAACACAGCGGCAGGAUGUACUAGGGCCAUCUUCGGUGCAGGCAUCUGCUGCGCCUGCCCGUCCAGUGGAUCUACGGCAACCACGGCCGCAGGAUCUACCACAACCUUCUUCAGUGCAGACCCCAGCAGCGCCACCUCUGCACGGGACAUCUAAGCACGCCAUCAUUCACCUCUCAGGCGGCCCGGUCAAGGACAGUGGUGCUCAGCCUGUUGUGCUCAGCGCAAUGCAACUUGGCGACUCGUCACGGUUCGACCCACAAUUCCUUGGCGCACAGUCUGAAGAAGCGGAUCAUGGCUGUUACUGGUGCCAGCAAGACCACCUACUUCGAGAUUGUCCAGCGCUUCUCUCACUGGAGGACAUCGGUAUUUACCGAAGAAAUAUUGAGGCCAGUGACGAGAGCAUUGAUGCCAAGGAGAGAGGUCUUCGCGCGCUUGCGAGAAUGGAAGUGGCCCGAAGGGAGCGUGACGCGAUCUACAGUCGGAGAUCCAGGAAGAGGGCGAGCGACCACGACGGCACAGCGAACGAUCCUAUCGAGAUUGACUUGGAAGCGUCUCGCUCACCCUCCCCGGACACUGGCCCUGCCUCGAAGCGUGCACGAGUUGAGCCUACCUUCCAAGGUUGUCGAGUUUGCAACGGCGAGGUUGCACACGCUCUCGCCGCAUGCCCUGUAGUGCUGGCCGGUGCCGACUCUAUUAAGCGUGCCCUGGGGAAUUUUGACCCCGGCUCGCCGACGCACGACAUGUUGUUGAAGUUUCUUCGAGCAGCCGAAAUCGGAGUCCCGGCUGGUGCGCUGGAGCCGUGCGCAUACUGCAACACAUCGUGCGGCAUGACCGUGCGACAGUGCGCCGAGGUGCGCGGCAAGCGCAAGGACCUCAAGCAUAAGAUUCGCCACAUUGACGAGCAUGUCCUUCCCAGCACCGAGGAGCAGCUCCGCGUACUCAGGAGCCGCCGCCUAACGACAGCUGAUUGGGAGCUUCCAAGCCUAGAGCGUCAGAUCGCCGACACCGAGAAAGAAGUCCACAGACUAGAGCGUGUUCUUGCACGCCUGUACGAGGCGUACAGUCAGUGGCCCAACCUCAAGCGACCAAGUGACGGGAAGGGCGCUCUUGGGAGCCCCGAUGGUGUGCAGAAGACAUCGUGACGGACGUGCGCGUCGAAGCAGCGGCUAUGCCGCAGCGUACAUGCGUUUGAGUCGAGUAGCAUGAGUGACCAAGCGUUCACGUGCUUCCCCCUUUCCUAGUGCACGGCUACUCAUGCCCAUUGGUGUGAUCCAUCUGAUCUGUCUGUGCCCAAGGGAUAAAGCGCUGAGGUUAUAAGUGGCACUACAAUGCAUCUAGGCUGACUCGUCCCCCGAUCCAGGUCGCGUGAUGAGAUGACUAUAACUACUUCUGUAUUGUGUUGACCAGCCUGGAAAGUUAGCGCAUGUAGUCUGAUGAGCGAGCAAUGCG